CAGUCCACUUGGCUUGACGUUAUGCUCGGAAGCUAAAAUAGCCCUCGUUGGCUUUUUUCUUCAUAAACAAAGUGGAACAAUCGUAUUUGCUUUAGUGGAGUAUCGUGUUAUGUUCGACUAAACCGCCUCGCUUUUACUCAGUAUCAAUUGUUUGUGCUAGAAUGCGUUAUUGUUGUUUGUGUUAGCUGGCUAGCUAAGACGCCAGCUAACAGCUAGUUAAGGUUGUUUUGGUUAUUCAUGUGAACGUUAACGUCACAUCCACGGUUUACAAAGGACAGAGUGAAUGUAAGUCUUGGGUAGUGUACCAGCUAGUUAAUCAGCUAACGUUAACGUCAAACGACGGUCGCCUAGCUUUAGCUACCAUUAUCGGGGGGCGUCUGGUUUGUCCCUUACCCCAAAUAGUGGACGUCUGGCGAGCUUAAAAAGCUCCCUGUGAACCGGACCCAAUGCGUGGGAUGAUGGGGACCCAGAGUAGUCCAGUCAAGAGUUACGAUUAUCUCCUGAAAUUUCUUUUGGUGGGAGACAGCGAUGUUGGAAAGGGAGAAAUCUUGGACAGUUUACAAGACGGAUCGGUCGAGUCUCCCUAUGCAUACAGCAGUGGGAUUGAUUACAAGACCACCACGAUUCUGCUAGAUGGGAGAAGAGUGAAAUUAGAGUUAUGGGACACAUCGGGCCAAGGCAGAUUCUGCACCAUCUUCAGGUCUUACUCUCGUGGAGCACAGGGCAUCUUGCUUGUCUAUGACAUCACAAACGGCUGGUCCUUUGAUGGCAUUGACCGCUGGAUACGGGAAAUUGAUGAGCAUGCCCCAGGUGUACCCAGGAUCCUAGUGGGAAAUCGGCUUCACCUGGCUUUCAAGCGACAGGUACCUACGGAGCAGGCAAGGGCCUAUGCUGAAAAGAACAGCAUGACUUUUUUUGAGGUCAGUCCGCUGUGCAACUUCAAUGUCAUCGAAUCCUUCACAGAACUUUCACGCAUUGUGCUGAUGAGGCACGGGAUGGAGAAAUUCUGGAGGCCCAACAGAGUCUUCAGCCUCCAAGAUUUGUGCUGCCGUUCGAUCGUCUCCUGCACACCGGUUCACCUCAUUGACAAACUGCCCCUUCCUGUGGCCAUCAAGUCGCACCUCAAGUCUUUCUCCAUGGCCAACGGCAUGAAUGCAGUCAUGAUGCACGGACGCUCCUACUCAGUGGCCAACAGUGCAGCCUCGGGCGGUAGCAGCGGCGGAAGCAAAGCCAACAGUCUCAAGCGCUCAAAGUCUUUCAGGCCUCCGCAGAGCCCUCCAAAGACCACGUCGUCAUCAUCUAAGGGGAGCUGUAAGAUUUCAUAGUGAAGGAGCGGACUAAUGGUUGCCUCCAUAGGGCCAGUAUUAAAGGUGUUGUUGCUCCAAGAGGUCACAAGGCCAUGGUAGAGCACGGAGAGCCACCAGCAACGGAUACAGCUGUGAACUUUCAUUGACCCUUGGACGGUUGGAUUGGUUUCUGCUGUCUUUGCGCUUGCUGGUGCCAUCUUGUGGAUGUCUGUUAACCCGUACUCUUAACUACGGAUGGCUCGCUAUGAUCAAGUAGAACAAGAUUUCCCUGGGACCAACACAUGUGAAUCGAAGAUAAUCGCUCACCUGUUAACACUAAAAAUGAGUGGAGGGACAUUAGCUAGCUUUUAUUUUGAAAAAUGAUUGUUUAUUGUAUUUAAAGUUGUAAAUAUGUGCUAAAGUCGUUUUUGGUCUGUGUUCGGUGAGCUUCUUAUGCUUGUUUUGUCUUCAAUGUUUUCGGAGACCUGCUUCGGUGUCCAAUUUAUUUGUGCGUCUUAUGCCCUUUGUCUACCGUGGAACAUUUUCAUUGCAACCUCAAGGGUGCUGAGCUACUUAUUUAAAUCUCAGAUUAGUUAUGUUUAAAAUUACAGUAGACUAGCUUAAAUUGAAUGUCAUGAGAAGAGCAGGACUAGUUUCCCAGGCUGGAUUUG